GCACGGGGAGCCGGGGCGCGCGCGAGAGCGGCUGCUGCGAAGUCCUCUCCAAACACACUUCAAUGACCAGGCGAGCUUGGGCAAGCUGCGCUUUCCUGCCGGGGCACCAGGAGCACCGCCGGCCUCCGAGGAGUUGGCCUGAAGCAGCCGCACCAGCCCGCAGGACUUCUGGGGAAAGGCACGACGAGACCCCGAACGGAGUUCUCUCCCAAGACCCGUUUGACGGGGCCUUACUGGAGUGGCAAGGAGAGCGGCGGUUCCCAGAGGAGUGACCGGCGCUCUUGCUCGAUUCCCCCCUCCCCCUUUUCUCUCCCUCCGUGGAAAAUGAGCCCAUCGCGCGUGUUGCGCCAAGUCGAAACCCUGAGGCUGCCCGCGCAGUAAUGACAAAGGAUUGCCAAGGCGGGAGUGGGUCGAGUUUGGCGGAGCCAGCCCCGUACAUGGAUUACUAAAUGGGACGCUCACUCCAUCAGCUAGUCCUCCAGCUGCCCAGAUACACGCACCGACGAGGGUGAAGUGAAGAAAUAAAGUCUCCCAGCUGAACUACUAUGAGGUCAGAAGUCUUGCUGCUAUAUUUCACACUGCUACAUUUUACUGAGGCUGUUUUCCCAGAAGAUUCUGAGCCAAUCAGUAUUUCGCAUGGCAACCAUACAAAACAGUAUCCGGUAUUUGUGGGUCACAAGCCAGGACACGACGCUGCACAAAGGCACAGACUGGACAUCCAGCUGGUCAUGAUCAUGGACAGAACUCUCUACAUUGCUGCUAGGGACCAUAUUUAUACUGUUGAUAUGGAUGCAUCACAUACAGAAGAAAUUCAUUUUAGCAAAAAAUUGACAUGGAAAUCCAGACAGCCUGAUGUAGACACAUGCAGAAUGAAGGGGAAACAUAAGGAUGAAUGUCAUAACUUUAUUAAAGUUCUUCUUAGAAAAAAUGAAGAUACAUUAUUUAUUUGUGGAUCAAAUGCCUUCAGCCCCUCCUGCAGAACUUAUAAGAGGGAUACUCUGGAGUUUCUGGGAGAUGAGUUCAGCGGAAUGGCAAGGUGCCCUUAUGAUGCAAAGCAUGCCAAUGUUGCAUUGUUUGCAGAGGGAAAGCUUUAUUCUGCCACUGUGACCGACUUCCUUGCAAUAGAUGCAGUCAUUUACCGGAGCCUUGGAGACAGUCCAACUUUGCGGACAGUCAAGCAUGAUUCAAAAUGGUUGAAAGAGCCUUACUUUGUCCAGGCAUUGGAUUAUGGCAACUAUAUCUAUUUCUUCUUUCGAGAAAUCUCAGUGGAAUACCACAGCAUGGGAAAGGUCAUUCUCCCAAGAGUAGCUCGGGUCUGCAAAAAUGACAUGGGUGGAUCUCAACGAGUGCUGGAAAAACAGUGGACUUCCUUCCUGAAGGCACGGCUGAACUGUUCAGUUCCAGGCGAUUCACACUUCUACUUCAACAUAUUGCAGGCAGUUACACAUGUUAUCCAUAUCAAUGGCCGAGAUAUUGUUUUGGCCACUUUCUCCACUCCUUAUAACAGCAUCCCUGGCUCUGCUGUCUGCGCUUACGAUAUGCUUGACAUUGCCAAUGUAUUUGCUGGGCGAUUCAAAGAACAGAAGUCUCCAGAUUCAAUAUGGACACCAGUUCCUGAUGAACGAGUUCCCAAGCCCAGACCAGGUUCCUGUGCUGGCUCUGAAUUGCUUGGAAAAUACACAUCUUCCAGUGAAUUUCCAGAUGACACUUUAAACUUUAUCAAAACACAUCCUCUCAUGGAUGAAGCAGUACCAUCUAUUGGCAACAAGCCAUGGUUUCUGCGGACAAUGGUCAGAUACCGUCUGACCAAAAUUGCUAUAGAUGCUGCCGCUGGGCCAUAUCAGGAUCACACUGUGGUAUUCCUUGGGUCAGAGAAGGGAAUCGUUUUGAAGUUCUUGGCCAGGAUAGGAAAGAGUGGUUUUCUAAGUGACAGCCUUUUCCUGGAGGAGAUAAGCAUUUACAAUCCUGAAAAGUGCAGCUAUGAUGGUGUAGAAGAUAAGAGAAUUAUUGGCAUGCAGCUAGACAAGCAGAGCAGCGCCCUUUUUGUAGCAUUCUCAACCUGCUUAAUAAGGGUUCCCCUGGGAAGGUGUGAACGUCAUGGCAAGUGCAAGAAGGCCUGCAUAGCUUCUAGAGACCCAUAUUGUGGAUGGAUAAAAGAAAAUGAAGCAUGCAUGCAGCUCUUACCUGGAGAUAGCCUGGAAUUUGAGCAGGACAUAGAGAAUGGCAAUACAGAUGGACUGGGUGACUGCCAAAAUUCCUUCGUAGCCCUGAAUGGGCACUCCAGUUCCCUAGUUCCCAGCACCACCACUUCAGACUCUCCAGCCCAGCAGGGCUAUGAUGCUAGGGGGCGCAUGCUAGAUUGGAAGGAUCCAGUUGGCUCAUCUGAAAACACAAAUCCAUAUGUUGCUGUUUCAUCCCAUAAUCACCAAGACAAGAAGGGAGUGAUUCGAGAGAGUUAUCUCAAAGGUCAUGAUCAGCUGGUACCUGUCACCCUUCUGGCCAUUGCAGUCAUUCUUGCCUUUGUCAUGGGAGCUGUCUUCUCAGGAAUCAUAGUAUACUGCAUCUGUGACCAUCGACGCAGAGACGUGACCAUUGUGCAGAGAAAGGAGAAGGAGCUGGCCCAUUCACGGCGAGGUUCCAUGAGCAGUGUCACCAAGCUCAGCAGCCUCUUUGGGGAUUCUCAGUCCAAAGAGCCAAAGCCUGAAGCUGUUCUCACUCCUUUGAUGCACAAUGGCAAACUUGCUACUCCGGGCAGCACUACCAAGAUGCUCAUCAAAGCUGACCAACAUCACCUGGACUUGGCUGCUCUACCAACCCCAGAAUCCACCCCAACACUUCAGCAGAAGAGGAAACCCAGCCGAGGCAGCAGAGAUUGGGAAAGAAACCAGAACCUCAUCAAUGCCUGCACAAAAGAUAUCCCCCCCAUGGCAUCACCUGUGAUCCCCACUGACCUUCCACUCAGGGCUUCUCCCAGCCACAUCCCAAGUGUUGUUGUCCUGCCCAUUUCUCAGCAAGGCUAUCAGCAUGAAUAUGUUGAUCAGCCCAAAAUGAGUGAUGUAGCACAGAUGGCUAUGGAGGACCAAAAUGCCACACUUGAGUACAAAACCAUAAAGGAGCAUCUCAGCGGAAAGAGCCCCAACCAUGGGGUGAAUCUGGUGGAAAACCUGGAUAGCAUGCCACCAAAAGUACCCCAGAGGGAAGCCUCCCUGGGUCCUCCUGGCUCAUCUCUAUCUCAGAGUGGCCUGGGCAAACGAUUGGAAAUGCAUUCUUCUGCUUAUAAUGUGGACUACAAGAGAAACUAUCCUACGAACUCACUUACGAGAAAUCAUCAGACAUCAACUCUCAAAAGAAAUAACACUAAUUCUUCUAAUUCCUCCCAUCUUUCCAGAAAUCAGAGCUUUGGCAGGGGAGACAACCCUCCUCCUGCCCCACAAAGAGUGGACUCUAUACAAGUUCAUGCUGCUCAGGGUCAGGCCGUGACUGUAUCUAGGCAGCCCAGUCUCACCACAUACAACUCGCUGACAAGAUCAGGGUUGAAACGCACACCAUCGUUAAAACCAGAUGUACCCCCGAAACCCUCCUUUUCCCCUCUUUCCACAUCCAUGAAGCCGAAUGAUGCAUGCACAUAAUCACUGUGGGGAGGGGGGGACGAACAGGUGACUAGAGUAUGCCCUUAAAAAGCCAGUGUUCAGCAACCACGUUGCUAGUUUCAACUGACACAAAAGCUGUUGCUAAGCUGAGGAUGUAUUGCUCUCUGGGGAAAGUGGAAUAUUUUUUAACAAUCGGGCCAUGCAAUCCACAGUUUGCAACUGUACGACCCACCCUGUGAUACAACCGUUCUUUUACUCAAAAGACUAACCACAAACAUUGAGCCAAAAGCACACAUAUGAACGAUGACUGUGAUUCUUCACUCUCAACUGCACGGAGCAUCCAGAACUGGGAAAUGACUGCCUUGAAAGCAAAAGAAAUGGGCAGGGGGGAGCAAGCAACAACAAAAAAGGAAUUAAUUGAUUAAGCUAACUCUAACAGAACUAUGACAGGCAUUUACUAUGUGCAGGUACUGUGAAAUGCCCAUCAGUGUUACAGCCAUUUGGUUAUAGCCGGUUGCCAUGUUGGGCAACAGCUAUGUCAUAAGUUUCUGCUACUCUUCUCUUUUAAUGAGUAACAUGUGACUGUUAACGCAAGUAACUUCUAUUAUUUAUUGUUCAUCCUUUUGUCUUUUUUUAUUCCUAAGGAAAGUACUUCUACAUAUCAUCAUAUGAGCAGCUCUCCAGAAAAAAAAAAUACAUUGAAAAUUAUGCCUAUUUAACAUGAAACCCAUUAACUGGAGUAAUUAAAACUCUUUUUAUUUUUCCAAUAAAUUCACUGAGUUAAAUAAGUUGGAGCUGGAAUUCUGAACUUUUGUGUUUGGACUGUUUGAUCUCUUUUCUGGAAAACAAAAAAGGGGAAUAUUUAUUUAAAUGAAGGUAUAUUUUGCUGGCUGCCUUUCCUGCCUCUGCAUCAGGCGCAAACAAACAAAAAUCCCCCUUCCCCUGGUUCCUAUCUUCCUAGACUUAACUGCAGAAGAAAGCUCUUACGAGCUGCAAUAUGUGCCCCAUUGCUGUGAACAUGGUCUUGUCAGUAUCUAAUACUUUUUUGAAGGCACCAGCUUCUCCGCCAUCUCAUUUCACCCUUGCAUGUGAGAUGGCAAACAGAAAUCCACAAACAGUGUGAACUCAUUCAUAUGCUGGCAUGAGCCAUGCAAAGAAUAUGGUCUUACUGCACGGGUUUUUUUUGUGGAAAUACAUCUGUGAAUAGCCUGUUUUCUUCCACAUGUAAAUUUGUGCCUUACACCCUCAAUUGUGUAUCUUGUGAGCUGUAGUAUGUACAACAUUACCCCCUCUUUAGAAUAAAUUGGAUAUUUAUUUA